UGCCUAAAUAUAACUUUUAAAAACUCUUGGUACAUAAUUUCGGUGCACGAAACGUACUGGCCCAAUAGCUGGCUCUGGGGCAGAGAAGCCUGCCAAAACCAAGGAGGGUACCUAGUUUCCAUUGAAACCGAAGAAGAAUGGAAUUUCAUCAAUGACCAGAUUCAAAGGCGAAAUACUACGUACUAUGAAAAUAAGUGGAGUAUUGGUUUAACAAAAAAGGCCGGGAAUUGGACUUGGGUGAAUGGAAGACCACUGACUAUUUGCAAAUGGGAACAAGGGGAGCCAAGAGGUGAACACGACGCGGCUUUCAUGUACAAGUGGUCCAGUAAUGGGGAGCAGGGCGUGUUUGGCGGUGUUAAUGUCAUGAGAAUAGGAUAUAACCACUCUUAUAUUUGUGAGAUUUCCGAGGGUAAGUUGUUAUUUUUGUUGUUGUUGUUGUUUUGCUUUUUUCUGUUUGUUUGCUUUCUUUAAUAUUAUUUUGAGGAAACUAACGGCAACAGAAGCGCUUAGGCAUCAUAAAAACAUUAUUUGAUAUCGUUUGUGCAACUUAUGAAAGGAUUUACAAAAACCCUCUGACAGUCAGAAUCAAGUUUACACUAACAUUUGAAUGAAUGAAAAUAUGUUUGAAACGAUAUAAAUUAACGUUUUCACGAUACAUAUGUCUAACUUUUAGUUUUGUGAGCAGAGGAAAAUUACAGAUGGUUCUGUUACCAGUAAUAACAGUAAACUUUCAGUUAUCAGUUAUUUUCAUGUAGUUAAUUUAUUGUUUCGAUUGAACAAAAUGAUGGUGAAUACCAAUUGCGAAGAAAUAUCAGUCCAAUUGCUUUUUUAGAUAACAACGUGUGAUGACGUGAAGUGCGUUAUCUUUUGCAAAUAGCCAUGCCAGGGACUCAUGUCUGUUGAGAUACAUGCCAAUUAUCGUUUUGUAAAACGAAUACAAAAGACUUGCAAAUUUAUUUUUUCUUCGCAUAGCGGAAUCAGUUCUGUGUUUAUUCUAUUUUAUUUUAAUAUAUAUGAUAUAUUGCUGUAGUUCGAAAAGAAGGUUUGACAUUUGUAAUGUAUACAUCUCAUUUUUCGAACUUUUCGAGCUUUAAGUUAAUUUUUUCACAUAAUUUAGCCUGUUUUACCUCUAACCCUCAGAGGUUGGUGCCUAGCAUUAGGAUAGGGAAUACGUCCCUAUUUUUUCCAGUGGGUCUUCUGGGUUUCUUGUCACGCGUCGGCACACAAAAUGUUUUUUUGCGCGAGAAGUAAUUCAGUUGUAACUAGUUGUUUAUCGUACUCUGUACCUUUGUCGGACGGCAUGAAGCACUCACGCUCCUAGUUCGAUCUGCACACCCCCUCCUUGUCGUGAAUUAAGAUAGGAGGUAAGUUGUUAAGCGUGUGCGUUGUGAGAAAAAGAGCGGAAAAGACAUAUUUAAACUUGAAAUGAUACAACAAGUUAAAUGCGACCCUUUCAUAUCCCGAUAACUCUGGACUCUAAUCGACGAGGCUCUUGCAAAAGCCACAUACCACUACUCUUAUCAGAUGAGUCCAAAGUUUUUGGUUAAUGUUAUUCUUUGUGCACGGCCCCCUGAUGCCAUAAUAUCAUUUACGAGAAAACAAUACCUAAACGCUGUGAUAUUGGUACAGGUUAUCUGAAUGUUAUGAUGUCAUUAGUGCAACAUAAUACCCUAAUGCGGUAAUGUGAUUAUUAGUCUUUUCCUCUCAUAGCAGCGUUAACAAUGGGAAUGUUCGAAGUAUUUGUAAUGUAUUCCAAUAGCGUCCGUUCGUUUAGCACACUUCGGGUAAAGUAUUUCGUAACAGUGGCGACUUAUGGUGUUAUAACACAUUUAGUAAAACCUGCGUUGAAAGGAAAUCAAAAAGGUCCUCGCUAGCGUCCACUUAUUAUAAAAUAUCCGUUUCAUUCAAGUUUUGUAGAUUGAGUAACGGUGACAAGCUUGAAUUACGAACCUUUACGCCCUCUGCGUUUCGUGUCACUCGCUACCCAAUAUUUUGAAAAAUAUAUAAAACUUGUGCUAGGAGGAAAACUGUACACAGUAAAAAAAAAAGGUCGGUUGACAUGUCGUUCUAAUCGAAGAUUAACAUUCUCAUCCAUCUUAAGCAGCGACAUCGCCAUCGCUCUCGCCAUCGCAGUCAUUAUUGCCAUCUACAUCAUCAUCGGCGUUGCAGUCAACAAGGAUUCAAAAGCUGGUGUGUAAUUUUUGUUUUUGUUUUGUUUUCUUACUUUUAGGAUCCUCAUACUCUAUAAUUAUAACUGUUAUUUCCCUUACCUCAGGCGGCGGAAUAUGUUUCUAAACUUAGCGGAAUGAAUAUCACCAACGCCAGUUCCUUACAGGUAUUUCAUUCUUCUAAUUUCUAUACGCAGUUAUGGAACUGAAGUUCCAGUCAGUAUGUUUUGAAUGUCCACACGGAAUCCGUAAAUACGAAUUUUUAUUAAGCGUAUAAAUCAUUUUUUGUUUGUUUGUUAGUUUUUCUGCUUUCGUCUCAUAUUGCUCGUGGCAGUAAAAGAUUAAUGGCUCAUAACUUUUUACUUGAUUAAGACGUUAACCUGUAUAGUUUUUCUCGCCUGUAAGAAAGCUAUUUUAGGAAUUUUUAUAGAUAAAUUAUCGUUAUCAGUAUUAUUAUUAUCGUAAUUACCGGUAUGAUUGUUAUUUUUUUUUUAAUUCGUAGACGAAAACUGAAUAAUCUAUCCUCCCAGUAAAAUAUUUUGAUUUCCUGGUCUAGUCGAUCUCUAACCUGUGCACAUGCAUUUGUGUCCGAAAUUGGUUGGCUCUCUCGCUUGAAUAAUUUUCUUAUCUAUUUGUAAUGAUUUUUUUUUUAUUUUCUUACCACAAAUGCUUAGCACCUUACCUAAACAAAAAUAUUUCAUGUCAUUACAGGAAGCCAUAGCGGUUUUGGAAAUAUUCAUCACAGGUAUUAAAAAAAUCACAAAAGCUCGUAACUGCGCCCCUAUAACAGAUGAGAUUGAGACAAGAAGAGGAUCCACUUUUAAAGUGGCUAUCGCCUUUGAAGAAUUUGCUCUUAAAUACAGCAAGCUCCACCUGACUGGAACAAGGUCCUCACAAGUGAUUGACAGCCAGACAAUGGGUGAGUUUAAACAGCGUAUAAUCUAUAGGCCUUGAUGAUGUAGUAAAUAUAGAUAUAGGUUACUGAAUGCGAAGCUUUAUUGCUGGAUCAAUCGAUCCAUUCAGUCCUUCCAUUGACUAUUUAUGUUCAUCAAUCAUUAUGGAAUUGGAUGAUAAUGUCCAGCGAUCUGAACCCUUCAAAAUGCUGACGUCUUAUCAUCAAUUAUUUUACAAUAUUUAAAGGAUUGCGCUGUUGAGAGGUAAAGUAAAUAAAAGCGUUUAUGCAACUAUGAUAUACAGACUGUAUUUUCAGUCCAGCAAGUUUCGUGAAAUUAUUAAUACCAUCACCUGUUGUUUUCUUCGUGAGUGCUGGGUAUUCAUAAAGCCUACCAACAAAAUGCAAGUGACUUCUACUUUGAGGAUGAAGAAUGGCAAGGAAACAUAAAUGUUUCGUCUGCAAAUUUUGCGAAAUCCGGUUGGUAUCGACUGCAGUGUUUACUCCUCAAUGGAUAAGUACAAUUCCCUGUAUUUCCCUUACAAAUUUAAGUGUUACUGAAGUACAGCUGCGCAUAUACCUAGUUCUGAGUUUGUUUGUUUGUUUACACAGUACAUUUGAUUCAGUUAUCUGAAGUUUCAUGAAAGACCAUGUUCUGGCUUGAUUUUCUUUUCUUCCUCAAUUUCUUUUUUUAAGUUUCACUGGUUGUUGGGAUUGUGUAUAAGGAUCUCCACGAACUACUGGACACAAAUCAAACCAUCAGAAAUGAAGCAGGCGAAGCCACAAGGUGAAUUUUAACUUCUCUAAACUUUUAAACAAAUUGUUUCUUCCGCGGAAAACAAAGAAAUGCAUUGCAUUCAACCAACAAAAUUUCUUAAAUUUUUCAAAGCAGUAUUUCGUGGUCCCUGUGUGAAUCAAUUACUAUUUUCGGUGCCAAGGAAAUCAGCUUAAAGUAACACAGUAAGAGCUCCUUGGUUACCAUGGUUACCGUAUCGUCAAAAAUUGUCUAAAAAUUAUAUGAUUCAAAAUAUACAAAAUUAUGAUUUUCUUGUCUUUUUUUGACAGGUAUUUGAACUCCAGGAUAAUGGCCGUGGCUAUGGAUCCAAAACCAAACAAACUGGAAGCGAAUGUCAUGUUAAAGUUCAGAAACCUGAAGGUAAGAACACGAUUAAAUUGGUAUCAAUUGCGCGACAUUGUGUUUAUUUAUUCCAAGGAAAUAAUACACAUUUUCAGGUUGAUGGAAGAGAAAAGACAUGUGUAUUUUGGAGAGGCUUUAGCAAAAGGUAACAAGCUGAAAUAUAUUACUACCUUGUUCUAGAAGUUAUGCAAGCUAAUCUUACGUAAUCUUUGUUAACUGCUAUGAAUUUUUUGUUUGUGAAGGAAACACCAAUCAGCUCUUGCAGCAGGAAAAACCAAAAAAAUUUCAACAACAUACGAGUGGAAAAGCCCCCAGUUGAUUAUUAUGCAUGCAGGACUUUCCCUUAAGUUAUCAAUUAUCCGUCACUGUCAAUCUGAUACUUCCUGUUUUGAAGCCAUUUCUAUCUGCAUUUUAUUCGUUUUCAUUUGCGGUUGUCGCCUUUUUUCGCUUCUGCCAUCGUCUUACAUAUUGUUGCUGACAAAAUCGUUUUGUUUACCGUAAAAGUAAAAGUUCGCCUUUUGUUUUUUUCUGUUUUUCCAUUUUUCAAUUUUCUUCACAUAAGGUAAGAUUCAGUUGUGUUUUACUAGCCUGGAUCGUCAAUAUACCUUUUUAUCACAUUGUAACAGUUAGAAUAUCAAAGCCGACUUCAUGAGUAGCACGUAUUAAUUACUGAAUAAAAUGGAAAGUGGUCAACUUGGUCUCGAGGCUACGAUUAUAAUGAGGAAGAUAGCAAGUUGACCUUUUGGUAACCAAAAGUCUUCUUCAAAUUUUUUUUUAUAAUAUUUUUGUUAUCGUUUUAAUUUUGUUGUGUUAUUUUUUUUAACGUUGUCGUUAUUUUUCCAGCUCAGAAGGAUUUUCAGGGAGAGGAUGCCAUGUGGUUGCAUCGCAAAGCAACACAGAAGAAACAGUGUGCAGCUGCAAUCAUUUGACUCAUUUUGCUGUCUUACUUGACUACAACGGCAGCUCAGGGGUAAUGGACUAAUGUUUACCUUACCUUCACUGGUGGUAAUACAAUUCCAUUCAGGUGAUUGACACAUUUCUAAUUCUUUUCAUGCGAUUUAUGAAGCAGCUCACUGAGGAAGACGAAACUGUUCUGGAGUUUAUCACCUACGUGGGAUUAAGCCUGUCAAUCAUUGGAAUAAUUUUGACAGUUAUUCUAUAUUCCUUCCUUACGUAAGUGCUACAGCCAGAAAUUUUGAAACUUUAUAUUAUUUUAAAGAUGUCAGACGUAAGUAAGACCUCUUCGCGAAAAGACCGACACUCAGUCAAUGCAUAUUGAAAUAACUACCUGUUGGAACAUAAAGUUACUUUCCUUUUUUUUGUUCGGUUUUGUUUUUGUUUUAGUCUGCUUGUUUUUAUUUGUUUGUUUCUCUAGAGAUGUUCACCAGCCUCUGUCACAAAUACGAUUGAGUCUUUCUGUUGCCCUCGGAGCUGGACAAUUUAUUUUUCUCGUCGGGAUAAACGCCACAGAAAACAAGGUAAGUGACUUCUUCAUCCAUUGAUGAAUAUUUGUUUAACGAGACUCAAGACGAGCAUGAAGAAGUACACCAGGGCUGGGUUGUUCAAAGUUGGGUUAAGAUAACCCAAGGUUAGUGUGAAAUCCGAUUUCAGAUCUAAAAGCUUUAAAAGAAAAUUCAGUCGAAUUCUUUUUGUCUAGAGUAUGACUAUUUGAUGCUUUGAAAAGGACACUGAAAAUUUUCCCAGAAAGGCUUUAGAGUAAAGGAAUAAAGAAACCCAGAUUAAAAUCUAACCCUGGGUUAGCGCUAAUCGGCCUUCGAACAACUGGGCCCAGACCUUUUUGAAAAGAUGCAUGAAAAGUAGUAGUAAGAAGUAACUUUUUUUUUCUCUCUCCCAGGCUUCCUGUAUUACAGCUGCAGCUUUCAUGCAAUAUUUCCUGAUGGCUUCGUUCUGUUGGAUGCUGGUGGAGGGAUUUUACCUCUACCUCUUUGUGGUCAAAGUUUACAACAUCACCGAAAAGAUGGACAUGUAUCACCUCAUGUCAUGGGGUAUUUUCAUUUUACUUGUUUUGAAUUGUUUGACUUCAUGAUCACCUGAAUCGACUUGCAUUGACAUCCUACUUAUGUUUAGGUUUACCCAUCGUCAUGGUCGGUAUUUCAUUAUGCAUCGCUGCUGGGAAAGAUGGAAUAGAAAGCUUUACCAGUGAUAAAUAGUAAGAGAAUCCUUCGACAUUAGUUCUUUUUUCUCCUUCUCCACAUUUCCUGUCUCCCACAUAAAUGUAUUUUUUUUAAGUACAACCCUUUUUGCACAAUCUUGUGUUUUUAGUUCGUUUCAUUUCGUGGAUUUUUGUGUCCCUGUGUUUUUAUCCAGGUUUUUGUCUCUGUCUCUGUCUCUGUCUCUCGUUCUGUCUCUCUCCCUCCCUCUCUUCUCUUUCUCUGGGUUACUGGUUCAGAGGAUUAUUUGCAGCAAAAAAUGUUUAUCUUUUUUUUCUCUCCGUUUCUCGUUAAAGUUGCUGGCUAUCCUACACAAACAACCUCAUCUGGAUAUUCGCCGCAUUUAUGGCUUUUGUUGAAGUGGUGAGUCUACAAUUAGUCAAUCCCUCGCAUUUUCCUUUUUCAUGCCAAGACUAACCACCGGUGGAGAUUGUCUCUCUCGUUCCCAUGCUUAUUACAAAACGAAAAGCAUAUUUCUGUUUUUGACUACCAGGCUCAAAGCUCACAACCUAUCCAACUCCGUUUACGCUCACUAUGUAUUCAGCAUUACUCGUCUUAGCAACAAACACUCUGCCAAUAUUUGACAUUCCUUGUUUGUUUCAGCUCAACAUUUUGAUACUCGUCCGAGUCAUAAAAGAGAUGACCACGCUGGUGCAACCUAUGGGGGAAGACAAUCAUAUUAAGCAGAUACGGUUAAAUUUAAAAUUUGCUGUUAGUGAAAUAUUUUAAUCAGUGGAGGGAAAAAUUGCUGAAGCAUCUAAUUGUGAGAUAUUUACCUCAGCUCCACACUAGUUAACAUUAAACACAGAGUCAUCAGUGCCUUAGGGUUAGGGCUACUGUUAAGUGUUUUUACCAUCUCUAAAUAAUGCCUAUUAAACAAUGAGAAAUUAAAGGAAACAAUCGUCAAAAUAAUUCAAACGUUUUUUUAAUGUUGUCGUUAUUCCGGCAGACUUGGCUUUAAAACAUGCGCGGUGAUGAUUCCACUAAUGGGUAUAACGUGGCUAUUCGGUCUUUUGUCGCCAUGGCACAAAGCUUUCGCCUACAUUUUCACCAUCUUUAACUCUACUCAGGUAAGUAUUCGAUCUUUAGUCGUCAUCACAAAAAGCUUUCUCCUACAUGUUCACCAUCGUCAAUUCUACUCAGGUGAGAUUUUAAUGAAAAUGUCGGAAAUCUGAUCAUCUGUUUGGAGACUUGAAUGUCCAAACUACAUUCUUACAUUAGUCUGAUGAUAUUUCCCGUUCAAAGGGAACCUAGUCGACAAGAGAGGAUUUAUUUCUUGGUUUUUGAGAUCUACAACUUUCCUUAAUUUACUGUUUUACCCUUUUUUUACGACGAUCUCAAGAUAUAGAUUACAUGAUGUUUGCACUACAUCAAACUUUUUAAACGACGCGCUACCAUCUCUAAAAAAGGCUGAUCUUAAAAUAAUUUUCUGUCCUAGGGAUUCCUGAUUUUUUUCUUCCAUUGUGUGCGAAACAGCCAGGUAAGAAAGAUAUCAAACUGAGGAGGUAGAUCAAGUGAAUUGUGAAGACUUUAGAAUCGCUAAGCUUUGGAUGGUUAAGAACUGAUACUUGGCCAAUUGUUCAUCUACAGAUUAGAGAGCGAUUGAAAAGGAGGAUGAACGCAAUUUUUCCAUCUUCCGAAGCUGGAAACUCUGCAAGGAAAAACUCACGAGUUAACGCAAGUGAUGCCGGGAAAAUACAGGCAGUCGAAAUGCAGUCUUUCGAUACAUGA